CUCCUUUGUUUCCGUUUCCACCGUACAUCCAUGGUCUUUCCCGUUGCAAAAGUCAAGUUUUGUUGUGUCCCUUGUUGCUACCCGUCGGUUUCUUACGAAUCCUCCUGCUUAGAAAUGGCUGAAGCUCCGCCACGGCCCUACCGGUUUUUUUGUCACCGGUGUUCAGCAGAGAUUAGUCCGCGUUUACCGGACUACACCUGUCCACGCUGUGAAUCUGGUUUCAUUGAGGAACUGCCUGAGGAAAGAAGUAGUACUGAAAAUGGGUCCGCAUCCACGUCCUCCUUCAGUGAUCAGAACCGCCCAGCCUUUGAGAGCAUGGAUCACCAACACUUGUUCACAUUUCCCUCCGGGUAUGGUCCGUUUGCCCUUGGGAUUUUUGAUGAGAACUUUGACCUUCGAACGCAGCUACCCACAGAGGACAACCGAGAGACAGAAAAUAGGAGAGAAAGGGAAAUGGCAUCAAGGCAAAGAUACAGUGCGCGGCAACCGCGCGGUCGACAUGUUCCUCGACGACAGGGUACGCGCCAUGAAGGAGUGCCCACAUUAGAAGGAAUUAUCCAGCAGCUAGUAAAUGGAAUCAUAGCACCUACAGCCAUGCCAAAUAUGGGGAUGGGACCAUGGGGUAUGCUACAUUCCAAUCCAAUGGACUACGCCUGGGGUGCCAAUGGUCUUGAUGCUAUCAUUACACAGUUACUGAACCAGUUUGAAAACACGGGUCCCCCUCCUGCAGACAGAGAAAGGAUAAAGAGUUUACCCACCAUUACCAUUACAGAGGAACAUGUGGGUGCUGGUUUAGAGUGUCCUGUGUGCAAAGAAGACUACAGCGUUCAGGAGAAUGUUAGACAACUGCCAUGCAAUCAUUUGUUUCACAAUGACUGUAUAGUACCGUGGCUGGAACAGCACGAUACGUGUCCUGUGUGCAGGAAGAGUCUUAGUGGUCAGAACACCGCCACAGACCCACCAGGGUUAUCGGGAAUGAACUUCUCUCCUUCGUCCUCAUCCUCUUCCUCCCCCAGCUCACCUAGCAAUGAGAACGCUGCCAGAAACUCCUAGGUUUUCACCGUCACCUCACAGCUGAAAACCUCACAUACGUGCGUCAAACCCAACGGCUCCGAGCUGAAACCAGUCAAACUGUCUCAAUUCUAGGGGGGGGCGAUAUGAGUCGAGCUGAACUCUGAAUCUGUUGCAGACUUGAAGUCAUCAUUCCUCCCCCUGUACUGAAUGGACACUGGGGUCCAGCUCCUGCUGCUAUUGUUGCCGAGUAUUUGAGGAGGUGAGACUGGGCAGUGUUGGAGGAUCCAGAAAGGCUGUGAAUAAUGGUAAAAAUGGUUUUGUGACCAGAACUGGAGCAGAGUUUAAGCCAGAGUGGACUGCUUUUUGAUGGAGAAAUGUCUUUGCCACGAGGCUGAGGCACAUUUUAUAUUGAAAACACAGAAUGCUCUUUUUUUAAACAUAGCCUGUGGAGGUGCAGAGUCCAUAGAUGUGUAGAUAGAGAAUUCAUUUUCAACGGUCGGCCACUGUACAGCUAGGGGAUCAAACUGAAACCUUGUGGGAAGGAAACUGGGUGUAUGCAUCUGAUUUUUAUUUAUUUGCACUUUUUUUAUUUUGCACAAAAUUAUGUAUGAUGUUGAGAAUGUGAAUUUAGGUAAACUACUGAACAAAACAAAGAUUUUGUUUUAUGACUUGUUUUUAUUAGAUUCUCUCUUCAUCAGAGCGUGGUCCAGUGUAUUUGGUGCAUCUUGACAAGGUAAAGAUCCUCACAGCUCAACAGUGGACACAUUCUCUACUUAUUUAUUGAACCCUUGCCCAAGACAGAAAUUGAGCAAUGCAAAGAAAAAAAAGACAUAAAAAGGCAUGGGAACAUCUUACCUCUAUAAAACUGGCCAAAUGUGUUGCACAAAACAAGUGUUUUAUUAUUUUAUUUACUGUUUUUUCGUACAGUCACAAUAAAGUGCUAAAACAAA